ACCGAAUGGAGUAAACUUUCGACAAUUCAUUUCACUUUCGCUCUCGUUGCAGACUGCAGCUUUCGGAGCUUUCGGUCUUAAUCGCCAAAAACCGCGUGUCAGUUUUCAGCUCUAAGUUACGGCGAACGCGUGCCAGAGCGAUGGGUUUCUCGGUAAAUCGACAUCGGCAUCGAGUGUUGGAUCUGCGAUGGCCGCUGCUGGUGGUGCUGCUAGUCGGAUUCUUCGGAUCGGUUCAAAACGACGGAAUCAAGCUGCCGGACCAGACGGAUGAAGCCCUGAAGAAGGCUAGCAGAUCGUUGGGACCCUCAGCAGGAGCACCGGUUGUGGAACCAGUCGCAGGAGAAGAACGUCGCCAGGGCAAACAUUUGCUGGACUUUAUCGGUCUGGGCACCGGUGGAAAUGUCGAUCCGUACCUGGCCAGAACCAAUGGGCGAUGCUUGAAUGGGGAGCUGGCUGAUUGCUUCAAAUCACAAGCCCUCAACACUUUUGUGGAGUUCUUCGGAAAGGACGUCUAUCAGCUCACUACCGAUGCGCAAAUCGUUCGCUUGCCGGAGACUCAGCUUCGUUCGUUGCACUACGAAGGUUUCGAGUACUCUGAGGAACCGCGCCAAUUAGACUCCGAGUGGGAUCAGCUGUACAAGUUUGCCCUUCGCCAGCUGGAGCGAUUUGUCAAAUCGACGGCCCUGCAGUUCCAGAUCCCAGACGAGGUCACCGAGGAAGGCCGAUACUCAGCACGCUUUAUCGACGAAAUAUCUGACGAGCUGGACGUCAUCGAGGACAAGAAAGCUCCUCUCUUCACCCGACACCGAUUGAAGAAGAUCUUCAUCCCACUGCUUAUUAUUCUGAAGAUCUUCAAGCUGAAGUUGCUGCUUUUCUUGCCGCUCAUCUUGGGAUUGGCGAGUUUCAAGAAAAUACUCGGAUUUGCUGCCAUUAUCAUACCCGGUGUCAUCGGUUAUCUUAAGUUGUUCCGACCGAAUCAGAAUUGUUGUAACGCCAAUGAACUUUUCUCAACCGGCUAUCAGCCACAGUAUUCCCCGCAGGGCGUGGGAGCCGCCAGUUACAAUCCCUUCAAGCCAUUCCAGAACCAGUACAGUCGACCGGAACCAAACUUUGCUGCCCCUUACGGAAAUUACUAUCGCGAUGCCUCCGGUUCCGAUCUGAAGGGAGGUGGCGUCAAGUUUGGCGAUGAUCUAGCAUACCAGGGUUAUUCCGAGUAUCGAAGCAACAACAAACAAGGCGAUAAAGACAUUAAGGCGGAAAAUUAGACUUUAAGUUAUCGGAUCGAUACGAUCACGUGAGGUACCGUAAUUGCAUGAGCCAACUCAUUCCUCGUGAUACGCUUUUAGGGCACAAAAAAUUGAUAAAUGUAUAAGCAGGAGUAGGAGCUCAACUUUGGAUUCGGUAAUGACGAGCGUUGCGGUGAAACCGAGACGUUUUCUAUUGAAUGAAACAUAAGUCUAGUGACUUUAGUAGAUACCAAGCUUUACGACUAGUAGUGGUCUGUAAAAAUAGUUUUGUAGAUUCAGUGUGUGUCUGUGUGAUGAAUGCGAAUGAGAUUUUAGUUUGUAUAUCAUUAAUGGGUUUCGAUGGAUGUGUGGUCUAAGUUGAGCACGAAUGAAUGCUGUUUUAUGUAUCUACGGUUAUUUUUGCUCCCCACAUAGAGGGGUUGAAGUUGAUUGAAUGAGACCACAACACGAUGCGAUAUCAUACAGAAAAUGUAGUUGAAAGGAAAAUGAUACCUACAUAAAAAAUAACUCAGUGAUGAAUUGUAAAUAUUUAUAUAAGUGAAAAAAUUAACAAACGUUUGAGGCAUGAAUGUA